AUGAUGCUAUUUUUGACUUUAUUCAACAGGUUCCUGGUGAGCCUUGCCACAUGCCCAAUAAAUAGCUCGACAUGCACUGUUUCAUCAACUUCAUACAUAACAUGUGACUCUAGUCGGUUUUUGGUUGACAGCAAAAUAUGUGCUGAUUCUUGUCCUUCUCUUUUUACUACAAGUACAAAUUUAUGCACUUCAACGAGCACAAACUGCGAUGUGCCAACGACAGCAAAUGCCGUUGUUUUUAGACUUCUAUUUUCAACGGUCACAGAUCUAACUCUUUCAUCUAUCGCGAGCGAUGUUGAUAAUACCGAACUUUUCCAAAACCCUGGCGGAGUCUCAUACAAUUCUCAGACACAAAAUUCUCCUCUUCCAACAGUAGACCGCGGCUUUUAUUUUGCAACAACAUCAAGCAUUACCAGCAGCAAAAGCCAUAUUCCAGGGCCUUAUUUUAUAUUGAAUACUUGAAUUAAGCCUCAGAGCGGUGGGGCUGGACAAUUUUUCGUUGUUUCUUAUAAUUCAAAGAAUUAUAUACGUUGCUAUUAUGAUACUGAACUGAUGAAAAUAGACAUCAUUGCGCAGAGCUCUACUGGGAGUGGUGAGACAACAAAAACAAUACAAAGCGCUGUCCAGGCAUCACAUUGAUGACAGCAAUUAAGCAUUCAGUUUGCCCAAAGCGAUUGCAGCACUCUAGGUGUCACUUUUUGAUUCAACGCUGCAUUUGUUGCAGUAGCUCCAUUCAGUAGCGUAGAAGCAAGCUUUCCUAAUAGCAAUUCUUAUACGUGAACAAUUGGGAAAGGAGGAGGAAACAACUCAUUUAAUGGAUUCAUUUGGUUUAUUGAAGUCAGAUAUGAUGGGACUAAGAAUUAUGGAGCCAGCUUUACACCUAAUGCUAGAGAGUGCUUUGUUAACGCAUAUUGAAAUGGCUCAUCAUGCAUAAGUUGCCCUACUAAUUGCUCAGGGUGACCUUGGUGCACUAGUGCAACUAGUUGCGCUGGAUGUGGUAUUGCAGAUUGCGGCACUUGCCCAGCUUAUGGGUCAUCUACAUGUACAAGCUGUAUUACAGGUGUUUUACCGAACUGCUGUGACAUCUUGGCGACUACUUGUACUCAGACGUGGUCAAAUACUGCUUGCCAAACAGGAAAAGUUCUGGUUCAAGGGGUCUGCUUGUAUGCAUGCCCAUAUGGCUUUGGAAACUGUGCAUCAGUCAGCUCCGCUGUAAUAACUGCUGAUUUUCUGACUUCUUUUGCUGGCAGCUAUGGGACAGCUUUAAUAACGGGAGCAAGCGCUUCAAGUUAUUACUUCUGAAACUCUCCAGAAGGAGCAGAUCCGAUUCCUGCGAAAUAUCGAGGUCUUUACUUUAACGGUAGUGCAUAUCUCUCUGGGUUAAUAAAUUUAUCACACACGUGAAGUAUGGCAUUUUGAGUUUACGCUAUGAGUGGAACAAUAAUUGGCCACAGCACAGGCCAACUUUCACUUUCUUCUAGUGGAACGCUUUCAUUUGACUUACAAAAAUGAGACGCAACAUAUGCUAGUUAUACUGCCUCGCAUUCAAUUCCUGCAGGCACUUGGAAAUAUGUCUCAUAUUCUGUGGGGUUUGCAAGCAAAACCUCAACUAUUACCCCAUAUUUAAACAAUGCAGCCGGUACGGCAACUACAGCCACAAAUUAUGUGUUCAGGCUUCCAGCUGGAGAAACUCUCUAUAUAGGUAAAAGCGGAAGCACUUAUUUUAAUGGGUUUAUUAGCUAUUUUCAGUUAUGAGGAGUUACAAUUACAGGAUUUAGCUCAGGCUACAAUUAUUAUGGAUUUUCUGGAGGAGUUGUAAGCUCUUUAUGGCCGUGCGCUUUUAAUCAAUACUAUGAUGGAUCUGCCUGCCAACCCUGCUUGGGCACAUGCACAAAUGGCUGUGCUCGAGCGAACUCAUGCAAUAUAUGUGUAAAUGAUUUAUGCACCAAAUGUAAUAAUUAUUCAUCAGGGACUUGCUAUGAAUGUGUAACCCAUGCCUCAGGGGUUACAUGUGCAUGCGAUUCUGGAUAUUAUCAGCCUUCAGGUUUAGCUCAGUGUGACAUUUCAGUUUGCUACAGCACUUGCUCUACAUGCCUAGCGUCAUCGUCUGCCUAUUAUCAAUGCACAGCAUGCCAAACUAACUACUAUUUGUUUUUAAGUUCUAUGUGCAUUUCAAGCUGCCCUUCAGGUUAUACAACUGAAACAAGUUCUUGCACUUUUUCUUCAUCCAUUAGUCUUAGCUUGUCGUUUUAUGAUCAGAUUCUCCUGAACUCAGUCUCAGGGGUACAAGUCGGUUCAUCAAGCUCAAAUACUUAUCCUUCCUAUGACGGUAAUGACCCAUAUCCAGCUUAUCUUAGAGGGUAUUAUUUUUCUGGAACAAAUUACUUAUCAACCAGCACUGUGAUAGGCCCAUAUUUCACAAUUUCUAUAUGGAUAUUUCCAACUGCAUAUGGCAUUAUUGCCACAAAAGUAGUUUCUGGGUGUGAAAUAUUUUGCCUUGAAAUUUUAAGCGGCACUGGAUAUCCCAAACUGUCUGUAGUUUGGGCUGACUCUAGCACCUUUUCUGUCACCUUAUCCUCCAAUGUAAUAACUAACAGCUGAAAUUUUAUUGUUUUUACAGGGAAGCAAGAUUCAACCUAUGCAACUGCCAUUAAUUCAUAUUUAAAUUCGGCAACUAAAGAUUCAGGUCUCUCUUCUGGACUUACUUUUUUUCAGGACAACAGUUCUGGGACCCUUUAUAUAGGAACAAUGGAAACCUUUACUGGCGGUUUUACAGGUUUUUUAUAUAAUAUAAACAUUUUUAACCAAGGAAAUUUACAGCUGAACGACUAUACAACUUCAAGCUGCACUUUGCCAUGCACAAGCUGCCCUAGUGAUCAUGGCUGUCCUAAUACAUGUGCAUUUUCUAACUCCCCUCUCAUUAAAUCUAACAAAAAAUUUUGUUCAAAUUUAAAGGGAAGUUAAGAAAUUUUUUAUACGAAAAAAUCAAUAUAAAAAUUUUUAUAAAAACAAAUUUCAAAAAUUUAUCGAAUUAGAUUAAUAAAUUUGUUUAAUAAAAUGCUGUUUACUCAUUAUACUUUAAAAUAAAUCAAGAUAUAUAACUAAAUUUUCAUUAUUAGUUAAUACACCACUAUUAAUUGGUAUCAUAACUAUUUACACAAAAAUUAUUAUUUUUAUUGAUAAAAAUUUAAAAAAAAAUUGUAGGAAAUUUAUCGAUUAAAAUGCUAAAUUUUAGUUAAAUAAGAUGCUAUUUAUACUUUAUUCUUUAAAAUAACCAAGAAACAAAGUAAAUUUUUGAUUUUUGUAAAGAAUUUGCAUUGAAUUUAUAUCAAAAUUAUUUAAAUAAACAUUAUUUUUAUCUAAAAAAAAUAAAUGUUUUUUGGAAAAAUUUAGCGAUUAAGGAUAAUAAAUUUAAAUAGCAUGCUCUUUAUACUCUUUUCUUUAAAUAAGAGCAAGAUAUAACUAAAUUUUUAAUUUUAGUUAAGAAGAAACAUUUAACUUCUAUCAAAACUUUUUACAUAAAAAAUUAUGAUUUUUAUGUAUAAAAUUUUUUUAAUUUAAAGGGGCUUAAUUUACCAAAAAAAUGGAAAUUUUACAUAUAUUUUGUUCCAAUUUUAAAGGGGGAGUAAGUAUUAUAAUGGGUCAAAUUGCAUUGAUUGUGUUUCCUGUCCUAAGGGAUGCAGAUAUACUGACACGUGUGGACUGUGCAAGACAAAGCAAUGCUAUUCAUGCACCACUUUUACUGGUACCUGCUCAAGCUGUAUAACAAAUGCAGAAAGUGAUGGGUCUGGAGGCUGCCAAUGCUAGCUAUUAAGAUUUAUAGAGAAGUUUGCUGUUUUUCCAUAAGUACUGCCUCAUCUCUAACACUUCCCUGCUUGAUCGCAAGCUCACUUUUAUACAAAGGUUGCUCAUGCUGAAUUUUCUGGCCAGAUAAAAUUGAAAUCCGUAGUCCAGAGCAUAACGCCUGAUUUCACCUUUGGAAGCAUCGCGAUAGGUCAAGACUAAUGGCAUUGAAUUUGCUGGGGUGUCUUUCCCAAUUUCCCACUGAGGCAAGAAUUUGACAUUGGAGUAAAGCAUGUGGUUGGCCGAUCCAAUUUUGAGCUUCACAGAAAAGAAAAAUUUGGCCGGAGCACAUUCCAAACACCCAUUCUACCUUCCUCAAGAUCCUGCUCACCCUGUAGGAUGCCAGCUGCAGGAUUUAAGAUGGUGGGUUAUUGGCCAUGUCAUUCUAAUUUAUAUUAAGGCUGCCAAUGCGAGGCAAAUGCUUUUUGGCAGUCUACCACUGCCACUUGUGAUUUUUGUGAUGCGCUUUGUGCUAUAUGCAAACAAACCACCUAUUUUGAGUGUAAUACAUGUGCAGCAGGGAAACAGAUGGUAGGGAUCAUCUGCUUAAAUGACUGUCCUUAUGGAUAUGGGACUUCAUGCUCCUCAGUCACAACUGCUGUUAUUGACCAAUCCUUUGAUACUGAUUUUCAAGGGUCUUAUGGGAUUUUUACAACAGGGACUUCCUCAAGCACUUACCAGCCAUUUGUAACUCCAGAAACUAUAGACCCUGUUCCUGCAUAUAAAAGAGGCCUCUAUUUUGAUGGAAGCAUGUACUUGUUGUCUUCCACUUCUGUUUACCUUUCUCACAGUUUCUAUAUGGGAUUAUGAAUUUAUGUAAUUACAUAUGGAGAUUUAUUACAAAAACAAACAAGACUAACAGUUUCGUCAGCAGGCACAAUUACAGCAAUAGUAGAAUCCACUGCUCAAGUGGCUUCUACACAAACCUUAACUCCAAGUUCUACGUUUACAGGCUGGGCUUAUGUUUCCUUUUGUGUAUGAUACUCCUCAAACGCCACUCCUAUCUCUCUAUAUAUAAAUGGAGCUGCAGCUGGGUCAAUUACUAUUAGUGGAAAUAUCUUCAGAGACCAAGCAUCAACGAGCCUGCAAUUAGGUAAAAGCAGUUCUUCUACUGGGUUCGUUGGGUUUAUCUACUAUUUCCACUUAUAUAAUACCCAGAUUACAAAUUUCGCUUCUCUUUAUAGUGGCUUUACAUUCUGUGGGUCUGGGACAUCUUGCUUAUGAUCGUGUGAUAUAUCUACCUACAAAAAUAGUGGCUCUUACUUAGCUUGUAGUACCUGCAGUAAAGGCUGCGUCAGAGCUAAUACUUGUAACGUCUGUAACGAUGUAUUAUGCUCAGUCUGCACUGGCUUCGACUCAGGGAAAUGCACAACUUGCGUGACUAAUGCAUCAAAAAAUCCGACUAAUUGUGUCUGCAACUCUGGAUAUCGAACUUCAAAUGACGGAUUUUCUUGUGUAGCUUGCUCUUCAGGAUGCAAUACCUGCACAGGAGAUGGAUAUUAUCAAUGCACGAGCUGCACCAGUGGCAAAUACUUUCUUAAUAUCCAGUGUCUUUCUGAAUGCCCAUCAGGAUACACACAAAAUUCCUCCACAAAGAAUUGUGACCUUACAACUGCCUCAUUUCCUUUUUCUUUUUCUAAUAUAAUCCUACUUGGAAGUGUUUCUGGUAGUGACGUAGGGUCAUUAGCCACAAAUGCAUAUCCUACUUAUGAUUCAAAUGACCCAUAUCCAGCCUAUUUGCGAGGGUAUUAUUUCAAUCCUACUAGCUAUAUGAAAGCCAGCUUUAUGUUUGCCCCUAACUUUUCUAUCUCUAUAUGGAUAAAAGCGGAAGCAGAGGGUUAUGUUCUAGCAAAAUACAGAGGAGGGUCAGUGAAAGGUAGUGUGUCAAUAAAGUCAACUGGAGAGCCUACUAUAAGCUUUCCUUUAUCAGACUCAUCGAGCACUAUUACCCUGGAUGGCGCUUCAAGCGUCCUUAACUCUUGAUAUUAUGUAUCGUUCAACUGGAAAAUCAAUGCUGAUGGCACAACAACUGUGAGCUCUUAUAUCAAUGGAGGUUCUCUUCUGUCUGCUUCUAGCGCUACACCGCUUUAUCUUCAAGAUAGCAGCUCUGGGAGUUUUUAUAUGGGAUAUUCAAGUGCAGGGUUUAAAGGGUUCUUGUGGAAAACUACUAUUUACCCCCAAGAGGGGCAUGCAUCCGAUGACUUGCUUAUAGGAGGAUGCUCAGGCACCUGUGCGAGGUGCCCAGUAGAUUUGAGUUGUCCAGAUGAUUGCCCAAUGACUCAAUUCUAUAGCGGCUCAGGCUGCACAACUUGCAAAGGGAAUAAUUGCCCUAAAGGCUGUAGAAAUACUGAUACUUGUCGAAUCUGCAAGACCAGAGAGUGCGCUACAUGCACAUCAUUUACAGGAGGAAAUUCUUGCUUGACUUGCAUUACAAACGCUGUGAGUGAUGGCUCUGGAGGCUGCACCUGCGCUUUUAAUGCUUUUUGGGUUUCUUCGUCAGAAACUUGCGAAAUUUGCGAUUUAGCUUGCUCGACAUGCUUAAAAACGACUUAUUUUGAAUGCUCUACAUGCUUAGUAAGCUAUCAAUUAGUAGGGACUGUGUGUUUGAAUAGUUGUCCUUAUGGCACUUCUUGUUCAUCAGUAACAACCCCUGUUAUAAAUCUAUCUUUUGACGCGGAUUUUCAAGGCUCAUAUGGAAUCUUUGCAACAGGAACAAAUUCGGCAACUUAUCAAUUUUUUUACAGUCCUGAGUCAGUUGACCCUAUUCCAGCCUAUAAGCGAGGGCUAUACUUUAAUGGGAACAUGUAUUUAUUAUCAUCAGCCACCGUACUGCUUUCGCAUAGUUUUUCUAUAGGAGCAUGAAUUUAUGUAAAAACUGAUGGCAAUUUAUUAGAAAAGCCCAGUCGAUUUAUAUUAUCUUCAACAGGGAGCAUUUCAGCUACCAUGACUGACCCUUCUCAAGCAACAUCCCCUCAAUCCUUGUCUUCAGGCACCACACUGACUAACUGAAACUACUUAUCAGUCACUUUUAGCUAUACUUCAGAUAUUACAACAUUGACAAUUUAUGUUAAUGGCGGAUCAGUUGCAACUUUACCAAUUACCAACUAUAUUUUACGUGAUCUUAGCUCGACUUACUUAAUGAUUGGGAAAAGCAGCAGUUCUUCUGGCUUUGUAGGCUUCAUUAAUAGCUUUCAAUUAUGAAAUUCACCUAUCAGCUCUUUUACAGCCUAUAUAAACGCUCCGUGUGGCUCAGGGCAUGCUUGUUUAUGGUCUUGCGAUUUGACGAGCUACUAUGGUGGAGCAAUAUGCACUUCUUGUAAUUCAUGCAGCAGCGGGUGUGUAAAUGGUAAUUCAUGUCAUAUCUGCGAUGAUAUUUUGUGUUCAGUCUGCACAGGAUUCAGCUCAGGAAAGUGCACUCAAUGUGUAUCAAAUGCUUCUCUAAGCCCAACCACCUGUGUUUGUAAUGAAGGAUACAGAACGUCAGAUGAUGGUUUUUCCUGUGUAGCUUGCCCUGCAGGAUGCUCUCACUGUUAUAAAGAUGUGGCCUCUGAUAAAUGCUCUUCAUGUCUUUCAGACUAUAUUUAUUCCUCUUCUACUCAGCUUUGCACAUUUGGGUGUCCAAUAGGAUAUUCCAAGGUCAAUGGUCAGUGUGUAUUGAUAACGACCUUAAUUUUUGAUUUAAAUUUGAAUACUCUUGAAGGAGUCAUUUAUGACGCUGCAAGCUUGGUGCCUGUGGUCACUGGGUCAACCGAACAGUUUUAUCCUGACUAUGAAGUUGAUGAUCCAAUCCCUGCAUACUUAAGAGGUUUCUGGUUUAAUGGCCAGACCUCUAUUUUAAGACUUCCAGAUUAUGGAGCUUAUACAAGCCCCAAAAUAACUCUAAUACCGUAUUUUACUAUCUCAGUAUGGCUGAACACCGAAACUCAAAAUGCAGCUAUUUUGUCUAAAAAUGAUGCCAGCAACAGCUAUUCAAUAGUUUACUCCAUAAAUUUAAUGAGUGGGCAGCCUGUAUUUACAUUAUUCAUCAAUUCAUCUCAAUUUCUCUAUAUUUCACAGAAAUCUCUGUCUUAUUAUGAGUGAAGCCAUUUAUCAAUUACAGCAAAUGUUGACGGUAACGGAAAUACUAUAAUAACUUGCUAUAUAAAUGGAAUCAAAGACUCAGAUGCGACGGUAUCAGGCAGCUCUUUUCAAGAUAUCACCACAUCCACAGUAAUGGCAAUUGCUGCACAGACAGGGAAUGGCAAUACUAUAUAUAAUUAUUUUAAAGGAUUUAUUUAUCAGGUGCAGAUAUAUAAGGGUAUAAAAUCUAUAUUAAGCUUAUCUACAACCUCCUGCACUGAAAGCUGUAGUGUUUGCCCAAUAACCCAAAUUUGCAUCCCCAACUGUAAAAUAACUCAAUAUUGAAGCGGCCCAGGCUACAAUGUCUGCUAUCAGUGCAAUGUAAAAUGCACAGAAAGCUGCAGAAACUGGCGGUCUACUUGCUCCCUUUGCAGCAAUUUGCUAUGUGAUACUUGCAUAGCCUAGAAGGGCAUUUAGCUCUCCUUGGACUAGCAACUUUCGCUUCAGCUCGUGGAGUUGGUCCGGUGACAUAAGUUGCCAAAUCAGCCCCACGAGUUGACAAACAGCAGACAUAUGCUUACUCUCAACUCGUGGAGUUGGCUUGGCAACUGAUGAAGCCGAGAAACUCUACAAAUUUGCUCGCCGAAGAUAGCUAAAAGCCCUCCAAGCUAUACUGAUUAUUCUUCAACUGGGUGUACAGCUUGCAAAGAAAAUGCUAUUAAUACUGAUUCAUGCAUUUGUGGGGAAAAUUAUGUGCUGGAUUAUUCCAAUAACAGCACUUGUGUCCCUCUUACUCCUGGAGGCUUCCGAGGAUCUGAUGGGCUAUUUUAUUCAUGCCCAAACUACUGCACAUAUUGUGAAUCUCUGUCAAAAUGCACUGCUUGUGUAGAGCAUGCAAGCUUGAAAAACGAUUUAUGCUACUGCAAUUUAGGCUAUAACGGGGCCAGUUCUUGCGCAUUAGUUUCUUUUUCGGCAAGACUUUACGUUUUCGACGACAAUUCUUUAGAUCUCCUAUUUUCAGAUGCCCUGGCUAAUAUUUUAACAGAGAACGAUUUUACAAUAAAAAUUGAGAACAAAACAGAUGCGACCUGAAAACUUGAAAAAUUAAAUGAUACCAGCUAUUAUAUUUCUUUAAGCAUUGACAAAGUGAUUUCGAAAGGCUCUGAAGUCACUUUAACGUUUUUUAAUCUUACAGAUAUUAUUUCUGUGUCAGGCGGAAUUUUAAAUUCAAGUUCUUUGUCUUCAGAGCUCUACGCAUAUGACCCAGCUCCAUAUACUGCUGAAAUUUCAGCAAUCGCCUCUCAAACAAAGGCAGCUGUCCAAGUAGGUGUAGCGUUAGCGGCUGCUUUGUCUGUAGUAAACCCUACUCCAAGCUCGUUAUGAAGUAUGAUGAAUGCAUUGCAAAUUUUAAGCUAUUUAACCUUAUCAGGAAUUCCUUUAUCAAGCAAAAUGAUAGCAUUUCUGAACAGUCUUAAUUCGUAUAACUUAUUUCCAAAUGCUUUUGAGUUCGUGAUAGACAAAAAUGAAGGAAAUACUCCCUAUUCUCAAGCUCAAGAUUUUGGAUUUGAUACUGAUCUCAUCUUGCUUAAUGCAGGAAAUGACUUUACGAUCUUAUUGGCUUCUCUAGCAGUUUUUCCAGCUGUUUUUGUUUUUUCUCGAUGCUCGUAUAGAUGGUUUGGGAAUAAAUUCAUGAAGACAUUGAGGAAUUAUCAAUACGCGUUCUACUUAAGAUUUUGGAUCCAGUCAUAUCUCGAGCUAGAAUUAGGAUUAAAGAUUAUGGACUCCUUGCUUAACAUCAUACCUGAGGCAAGCUUAUAAAGAAGGUGUGCUUAGCUGCGGGAGCACCUUCCUGGAUUUUUCAACUUUUUUCAUUAGAGAUAGCUCUGUUCCGGCUUUCAGCAUAGUUCUUGGCACUUUUUCAGAACCUCGGAGUUCACAGUUUAGGGACUUGCGGCUGCUGCUUCAGUGACUGGAGUCCCAUUUAGGGGAUAAACUAGCUGAUGUUAGCGCCAGCUAUGCCUUCGUCGUUGAACUAGUGACCUCCAGGGGGGAAAAAGUUUUGUUUGCAAUAUGAGAAGACGCUAGUCCUCAUUGCUGAAAAGGAAGGCAAAAUCCAACCGAUUUCGAGCUAGGAGCUUCUGCAAUCAUUGGCCUUUUAACCUCAAGAUGAAGCAACUCGACACAAAUUACAAAUUUCGGUACCUGCAGCAUCGUCUAUUUAUUGUUGGCUGUCUCUCCUCCUUUGUUUUUUUAUUUUUCUUACAAGAACAAGCACAAAAUCCAGUCCCAGAACAAAGAAUUUACUUCUUUAUUCACUCCUCCCCUUUAAAUUGGAGCAAAACAUUGUAAAAUUUGCAUUUUUGGUUGCUUUAAUCCCUUUUAAAUUGGAACAAAAUUUAUUUUUAAUAGCAAAAUUUUAUCGAUGAAAAUAAUAAUUUUAUAAAAUUAGUUUUGACCUAAUUUAAUAGGCAAAAUGAAAGUAAAUGCUACUUAAACAGUUUUUACAAUGAAUCGCUUAAUUUUUUUAUUAUUUAGUUCUUCAUAAAAAUAAAUUAAAAUUUCAAAGUAUUCUCAAUUUAUUUUUUUCUUAUAAAAUUUAGUUUUGACCUAAUUGAAUCGAAAAAGUGCAAGAAGUAGUUAUUUAAACAAUUUUCACACCGAAUCGAUUAACUUUUUUAAUUAUUUCUUCAUAUAAAUUAAUUAAAAUUCUAAGUAUUGCCUCAAUUUAUAUUAUUUUAAGAUUUUAAAAUUGAAAAAGCUUUUUUAUAUAAUAUAAAAAUUUUUUAAAAAAAUAUUAACCCCCUUUAAAUUGAAGCAGGGUUUUGAUCCAGUUUAAAAGGGAGAGUCAGUUCUUUUUUCUAUGAGUUCAGAACUGAUAAAGGCCUGCUUGGGACGCAGUAUUACUUUGUCUUUUUUACAAGACGACUCAUAUAUAUCACAAAUUUGAUUUAUUUAUAUAAUUAUCCGCAAACCCAAGUGACUAUAAAUGUCGUUAUUUCUUUAAUUACUGUGAUGUAUCUUAGUUUUUAUUGGCCUUAUGAGGACAAAAUUCUACAAGUUUCAAAUUUAAUAACAGAGAUGAUGAUCGGCUUGAUCAUGGGAGGAAUUUCUAUUUAUAGCAGUUGCCCGAUGAUGGCGCUCAAUGCGCCAUCAUCGGGCAAACACCAGAUAAGGGUCCACAGUAGAAAUGGAUUCCACGUGUGGAGCCCUUUUUAACACGUGGAGAAUCCUCAUUUCCACGAGCCAAAAAGGGCUCCACACGUGGAACCCAUUUCACAUGUGGGCCCUUGUUUGGUGUUGCCCGAUGAUGGCGCAUUGAGCGCCAUCAUCGGGCAACUGCUAUAUCUUUUUGAGGUAGAUAACAGCACUGUUACUGACGUCGAAAGUGCAAUUAUUGUGGCUGUUGUUUUUACUAUGGCAGUCCAAGCCUCCUCCUCAGUCGCAAUUUUCGCUAGGACACUUUACGAAAUAAUCCGCAAGAAACUCACGAAAAACGGAAUGCUGAAAGCCACUGUAAAACCUUUUACAAAAAAGAUGAAAAAGGCCCAUCUUUAA